AUGCGAACUUCACGCGCACUAAAAGUCCAAAAUGAAUCAUCGUUCGUCGUUGCUCAUCCCAACAAAACGUUACGAUUCCGAAUCGUAAACGUCUCUUCUUUUCCUCUAAGUCUUCUUCAAAGCCCACAGGCAACGUGGUGGCCGCGUCUGGCUGGUUGGGAGGAAUAUAAAAUGGUGCAGAAACUCGAGAACGAGCCGACGUCCGACGAUCAGCCCAAGAAUCCACCUUCUCCAAAAAGUCGUCUAGCGGUUUUGAAACGAAACAAGAAACCAAAUGCGACGUCGGAUCCGUUCCGGUUUCAGGGCAAUGGCGUCACAUACAAGGGGAAAUUGAUCGGUGAACGGGAUGUAGACAGUGCACGAGGGGAUGCGAUGUGUGCGGAUGCAAUGCGAGCAGCAAAAGCGGCUGUUAAAGCUGCUGGUGCUCACAAAACGCGAAUUAUUCUUCAAAUUAACAUCGAUGGAAUAAAAAUUGUCGACGAAAAAAGCAAUGCUGUGCUGCAUAAUUUUCCGGUUUCGAGGGUGUCCUUCAUCGCACGCGAUACAACUGAUGCACGAGCUUUUGGAAUUGUUUUUGGACAACCAGACAAUAAAUACAAGUUCUACGGGAUCAAAACAGCACAGACUGCUGAUCAAGCGGUGCUAGCAAUACGGGACAUGUUCCAGGUUGUUUUUGAAAUGAAGAAGAAGCACAUUGAACAAGUCAAGCAACAGCAAGAAGAGCGGAAG